AUGGAUUCGGAUAGUGAUUUUCAAGCGUGCGACUUAAGUCGUGAACGCCUAUCUCAGAUGUGGAAGUCUCAUAUUGAUGAAUUUCGACGCUUUGGAAGGCUCAAUGAUAUCGAGAAAGCAAUCGAGUAUGGGACUCAUGCACUAGGCUUCACGCCUCAAGGUCACACGAGGUGGCCAGACCUACGAGCUGACCUAGGCGUGUCGUAUGGUGUUCGAUAUCAGCGACUGGGCAAUCAUGCCGAUCUCGACAGUGCGAUUGAGCACUUCUCCAAUGCACUCUCACUCACUCCUGAAGGUCACCCAAAUUUGCCGGCUCGGCAUGCUGGCCUGGGCGCGUCAUAUGGGGUUCGGUACCGAAGUCUGGGCGAGCUUACCGACCUCGAAAAAGCAACAGAGUACAUUUCUCGCGCAGUCGCACUCACACCUGACGGACACCCGGACUUACCAGGUCGAUAUGCUAAUCUGGGCGUAACACAUACAGAUCGAUAUAGACGCCUGGGUGAACUCAAUGACCUUGAAAAGUCAAUCGAAUACAAGUCUCGUGCGGUUGCACUCACUCCAGACGACCAUCCUAGCUUGCCACACCAUCAUGCUGCUCUAGGCGAGUCAUACAGAGACCGAUAUCAACGCCUGGGCGAACUCAAUGACUUGGAGAAGGCAAUCGAAUGCGACUCUAGUGCACUCAUGCUCACUCCCGAAGGACACCCAGACUUGCCGGAUUGGCAUGCUGGUCUGGCGACGUCAUACGGCCAUCGAUACAAACGCCUAGGAGAACUCAGCGACCUUGAAAAAUCGACCAAAUUCUUCUCUCAUGCGCUCGAAUUUACUCCCGACGACCACCCGUAUUUGGCAGACAGGCAUGCUGACUUAGGAGUAUCAUAUAAUGAUCGAUACCGGCACCUUGGUGAACUAAUUGACCUCGAAAAGUCAAUCGAAUAUACGUCUCAUGCCCUUACACUCACCCCCAACGGCCAUCCAGACCUGCCAGACCGGUGCGCUAGUCUUGGGGCAUCAUACACUGACCGGUAUCAACGCCUGGGGGAGCUCACUGACCUUGAAAGUGCAAUUGUAUACGACCUCCGUGCACUCACGCUCACCCCCGAAGGCCACCCGCGCUUGCCAGACCGACAUGCUAGUCUAGGCGUGUCACAUGGCGAUCGAUACCGACGCCUGGGCGAGCUCGCUGACCUUGAGAAAUCGGUCGAAUACAAGCAUAGAGCUCUUUUAUUUACCCCCGAGGGACAUCCGGAUUCCUCAGACCGGUAUGCUGCGCUGGGUGUGGCAUAUAUCGAUCGUUAUAAGCGCCUAGGCGAACUGAUUGACCUCGAAAACUCAGUUGUAUGCAAUACCCGCGCUCUCACACUCACUCCCCAUGGACACCCGGACCUAUCAGACCGACAUGCCAACACAGGUGCAUCGUAUAUUGAUCGAUUUUGGCGCUUAGGUGAACUCAGUGACCUCCAAGAAGCGAUUGAGUUCUUCUCUCGUGCACUGGAACUCACUUCAGAUGGACACGCAGAGCUGCCAGGCCGGUAUGCGAAUCUAGGCCUAUCAUACUCCAGCCGAUAUCGACGCCUGGAUGAGCUUGCUGACCUCGAAAAGUCGAUCGAAUACAGAUCUCAUGCACUCGCGCUCACUCCUAAAAAUCAUCCACACUUAUCAGAUCGGCACGCUGAUCUUGGGGUAUCAUACACUGAUCGGUACCAACGUCUGGGAGAAGUCAGCGAUCUCCAGAAGUUGAUUGAUUCUCACUUUCGUGCGCUAAGCCUGACCCCUGACGGGCAUCCAAAUCUAUGUUUACGGCAUUUCAAUUGGGCUUUAGGUUGUCAUAGCCAGUAUCAGCAUACACAUGAGGUUUCCCAAUUGGACGCGUCACUUGAUUCAUUUCGCAAAGCAUCACAGCUACUGAAUGGGACACCGCGCAACGUAUUUAACUGUGCUCUUGCAUGGGCAAAGCUUGCCUCAAAGCAUGCCUACCUCAAAAUCAUUGAAGCAUUUCGUGCAGCCAUCGAAGCUCUUCCUCAUUUUAUCUGGCUCGGCUCUACAACUGCUCAACGAUAUGAAGAUAUUUUAUCAGCCGAGAACUUGGCCGUACGCGCAGCCUCGACCACCAUUUUGUCAUCAGAGUACUCUCUCGCGCUUGAGUGGCUCGAACAUGCACGAUGUGUGGUAUGGAAUCAGAGCCUUAUGCUUCGGUCCCCGGUGGACGUGCUUCAGUCCUCCCAUCCUGGCCUUGCCACUCAAAUAAAGUCGAUCUCCCAGCAACUACAUUAUGCGAACUCAGAGUCCCCCACUACCUAA